AUGGCGCGAUUGAACGAAUUGCCUGCUCCGGCAGAAUCAAUUGAGGCUCUGAAAAGACGCUUUGUUCGACAAAAUCGCGAGAUUGCCAGAGCAAAUUCGAUUCAGUCGCUCCGUAUUCAAAGUCUCGAAUCCGAAGUAUCCCACCUCCUUAGGGAAAAUGCAGCGCUUCGAGAGCAAGUUAUCUCUCUCAGUCAAGAUGUCGAAAAGUUCGAGGCUGCGAGAUCUCUCAGCAACGAAAUUUGCACCUAUAAAGACAAGUUGGCGUCGAAACUUGCAGAACUAGGUAGCCUAGUGGACGAACUGGGAAUGAUGCCACAGAAAUUUCGCAAAGUUAGCGAGCAUCGAAAGGGCUCUGGCACUGAACGGCGACAAUCCUGUAUUUUACCUCCCAAGCGAAUGGCGAUUGGUCCUGAUGGCGGUGAGGAAGACGGAAGACUUCCUGUCAUACUGGAAGACAAGUAUUUUCCAAGGAGAACAUUAGAAUCCCAGGAAGUAGAGGCCAUCUCGAAUACAACUACAGAUCCUUUUGAUUCGCCCAAGAUCGGAUCACCACCAAUUGCGCACCUUGACGUUGACCAAAGUCUCAGUCCGGAAUCAUUGACGGGCGAUGCGGAGUUCACUAGGCCAGAGACUGUGGAUAAUGAAGAGCCCGACUCUCCACUACCAGCACGCUUAGACGCGAAAUCGACUGGAAAGGAGAGCUCGUUUCUUACAGAAGUGAGCCAGGCGAAACAUACAACAGGAGCCUCGAAAUCCGAAAUCGCAAAACCCGCUAUGAAAUCCGGAUCAAAGCGGAAAUUCAGUGCCAGAGAUGAUGAUGACAAGUUCCUGUCGAACACGAACAUCAUCGAUGACGAUUUUCAAUUCAGCCGUGCUAUCAAUAUCUCACAGAAGACGGCCUCACAAACUGGGCCGCAUAAUCCGGAAGAGUCAUUCGAUUCCAGCCAAAAUAAUCUGACAAAACCGUUAAAAAAUGCCAGAACAUCUAGGCGUAAAGUACUGGAGCCAAAGAGCACAAAUAUGCGCCCAAUGUCUCCCAGAAAGCAACCCACUGCAGACGUUGAAAGCCAGAAAAAGCAUAUCAAAAGAGACAAUCAUGAGGAGAAUAUGCAAAAAGAUGCCCUGAUACAAACGUCCCAGCAGCUCGAUCCUGGUUCAAAGCCUGAGUCUGAAAAUCCAGAUAACAACGGAGGAAGAAUCGUAUCCUCAGAGACGCCCAGUGCUCCGGAGACAUGCAUUUCCGGGUCUGUGAAAGAUUCGUCCUCCCAAGUCGAAUCAAACGACUCUUCCCGUCAGCAAACUCGGGAGAACACUCAAACGGCCCCAUCUACAACAGGGCCUGCAUCCCGGCAGACCAGACGACCCCGACCCGCGAUAAGCUACGCCGAACCGAAUUUGAGAGACAAAAUGCGCAGACCUACAGACGAGCUUGUUGACGCAGUGGUACCGGAUCGAUUUCGACGAAUCUCCAGCUCGCAAGCGGAAAAGAAUAAUCAUGGUAAUGAGGAGCAAGACAUACAUGUUUCAAAGGCAAAGACGAGAACCACAUCGGGAACAAAAGGAGACAGUGACAUUUCUUCAUCGUCAUCAGCCCAUAAGGAUGCGACCCGCGAAACGGCUGCCUCGUCCGAGGAUGUGAAAUUCCACAGUCUAUCCGAACUGCCAACCACUGUAAUCACCGAAAGGAAGCGAAGAACACUCUCAGCAAACAAGGACGAUUUGAUCCGGUCACAAGACUGUGAUGUCACGUCUGGAAGCUCCGCCCAUACAGUCAUGCCAGGAGGAAGAAAAGCUCCUGACCGCAAACAUCGUGGAGUAUGCAAUGACAAUAAUCCGGACACAGCACAAAUCAGCGCUGAGAGAUCGUCAAAUCCUGAAAUAAGCAACGAAACAGAAAUCACGCCAGCGGCAGGAAGUACAGACAAACUACCUGCUGGCACGGUUCGACAUACCCGACGACAUUCUUCCAAUACAGGCAGUGUCUAUCGUGACGCCUGUUUUGGAGAUGGUCAGUUCGAUGACCAUCAACGACAGAAGUCCUUGGAAUCAGAUAGAAAAUUAUCAGGGCACACACAGACUUCUAAAGGAACAAUCCACCAAAUGGAAAAUGAGGUCGGUCAAUUCAACAGGAAAGAACAGGACGGAGGAGAGAUAUCUUUCAACGAAAUCGCGGAGCAUGCCAAAGACAACUCGGAAGAUUCAAUGAACACGGCUGCAGAUGGGGGCCAGAUCAAGCGCAGUCAGCGAGGUGCAGCCAGGAGACGUAGUAUGAUGUUGUGA